GAUAGGAGAUAAGGAUAAGAUAGGGACUCAUUGAGUGCAGGGAGAUGGAUGUACUUUGGUAGGUACUUCCUUGCUCUUAGGGGUUUUUUUUUUGGUUUUUGGACAGCAGCCUGGGAUCGCAAAACCCUUCGUCGACAGCAUUUGUAGUUACCACCAACCAACGACGCCUACUCCCCCGUGCCCUUGAUGAUGUCGAAGCCGAUAUCCUCCCUGGCUGCUUCGGCAAAAGCUGUCGACCCCACUCUCGAUGCUCUAUUCGCAAGCAGCGCUGGCCCUGUCGAAGCUCCUCCAAAGUCCCGAUACUCAGCUGCACCUCCACCGAAAAGCAGGAAUUCGUUAGUCAGGCCCCGAGAUGCAAGCUCAAACUCCGAUAGGGAGCCAGGCGACGGUGAAGACGACAGCGAAGCAAACGAAGAGCUCGAUGACGAGUCCUUGAGCGAGAUAGAAGAAGAUAUCGAGGAAGAAGACAUCGCGUCCGAAGCGGGAGAAGAGGCACAAGGGAGCUUAAAUCCCAUUGAUGCGCUAUUGGAGACGCAGAAGAGAGAUCGCAAGAGAAAGCGCAAAGAUGAGCACGAUGACAUAGAAACGGAAUACCUGCGCAAGCUGCUUCGGGACCCAGAAGAAGACGAGGAGGAGGAGGAGCAGAAGGAGGAUGGGGGGCGGUCUGACAAGCGUCGCAAAGGCGAAGCGGGCGGUGCGAUAAACGAAAGGGCCCCCGAGGGAGAAGAUUCAGAAGAGGAUGGGGCGCCAUUGAUCCACGAGGCGCUCGUGGAGAAGAGAGAGGACCACGCCGAUGUCGAAGUCGACAAGGCGAACCGGACCCUAUUUCUCGGCAAUAUUUCUGUCGAGGCCAUCGCCUCGUCUAAGGCUAAGAAGACCUUAAUGUCUCACCUUUCCUCUCCUCUGUCAACGUUGGACUCGGCCAGCGGGCCGCACAAGGUCGAGUCGAUACGGUUCCGUUCCACCGCAUACUCUACAGGUGCGAUGCCGAAACGUGCGGCGUUCAUUACCAAGUCGAUCAUGUCCGCCACCACGAGAUCCACCAACGCCUAUGUUGUCUAUUCGACGCCAGCAGCCGCGCAAACAGCGGUCAAGGCCCUAAACGGCACCGUCGUACUUGACCGGCAUAUGCGAGCGGAUAGCGUAGCGCAUCCGACGGCAGUAGAUCACCGAAGGUGCGUCUUUGUGGGCAACCUCGGCUUCGUGGACGACGAAACCGUUCUUAACACCAACGCGGAAGGCGAAACCACGACCAAGAAGCGCACGAAAGUCCCGGCAGACAUCGAAGAAGGGCUGUGGCGGGUUCUCGGGAAGCACGCCGGCAAGGUCGAGAGCGUCCGGGUUCCUCGAGAUCCCAAAACACGCGUAGGCAAAGGGUUUGCCUACGUACAAUUCUACGACGGAAACGCCGUCGAAUCGGCGCUGCUGCUGGACGGGAAGAAGUUCCCCCCGAUGCUGCCACGCACGCUACGUAUAUCCCGUGCCAAGGAUCCCCGGAAGACCGCCCUCGCGAUGGAGCGCACGGCGAAGGCCAAGCUCAACGGCGCAAAGGACGGGAACGUCAAGUCGAAGAAGGCUACGGUGUACAGACCCAAGGUAACCCCGGAGCAGCAGACCCUAGCCGGCCGGGCAGGGAGACUGCUGGGCCGAGCGGCAGCAGAAAGGCAACGACGAGGGUUCACGGGCGAAGGUGGGAGGCCUAGAGACAAGGAGACGGUGCCGGGCAAAGUGAUCAAGACCCCGGAGCAAAUCGUAUUCGAAGGCCGCAGGGCUAGCGCGAAGGACGGAAAACCCAGAGACCUGAAGUUCGGGAAGGGGAAGGGGAAGAAGGGGGCAACCAAGGCGAAGACAAAGAGCCGGGGGGCGCGGAGAGCAGCCGAAUGGAGGAAGCAGGGCGCAAAGUGAGAGGCGGGGUGGGUGGAAGCCGGCGAGCGAGCUGUCCCGAGGGGGAAGUAAAUGGCUUGCACUCCCCGAUGUCGCCUGUACCACCUACGUGUGCUUUGCAUACUAUAAUAUACAGUAACAGGUACCUACACAUACCCUGCAUGCCUACCAUACCGGGAGGGGGGGGUCUAUGGACAGUAUGUCAGCAAUAGAGUCGGGGUACGGACACGGUAACUAAAUCUGGUAAGGGUUACCUAUUCUUUCGAAAGAGCUAAAAGAAUUAUAGCAAGGGUCGCGGUACCGACCUUAUUACCUUCC